UGUUUGGCAACACUGGUUUCAUUUCCCUAGUUUAAGAUUGAUUUGUUUGGAAUAAUAGGAAAUAACGUGAAAAAAACCAACAAGUACGUGAUUCCAAAGUAAAUCACGACGACUCCAAACGAUUGUCAAAUCGCUGGAUGUUUUGUUGUUGGUCCAAACAGGAGGACUUUGGGAAAGGUCCGAUGGCUGCUAUCCGAAAAAAGCUCGUGAUCGUCGGUGAUGGCGCUUGCGGAAAAACGUGCCUGUUAAUUGUAUUUAGUAAAGAUCAAUUUCCUGAAGUGUAUGUGCCUACAGUAUUUGAAAAUUAUGUAGCGGAUAUAGAAGUUGAUGGAAAACAAGUGGAGCUAGCAUUGUGGGAUACCGCUGGACAGGAAGAUUACGAUCGCCUGAGGCCUCUGUCGUAUCCGGACACCGACGUUAUAUUAAUGUGUUUCUCAGUUGACUCCCCGGAUUCGUUAGAAAACAUACCCGAGAAAUGGACACCCGAGGUUAAACACUUCUGCCCAAAUGUGCCAAUCAUUUUGGUGGGUAAUAAGAAAGAUCUUCGCAACGACCCCACUACAAUCAAUGAACUGAAAAAAAUGAAACAAGAGCCAGUUAAGCCACAGGAUGGUCGAUCUAUGGCAGAAAAAAUAAAUGCAUUUGCUUACCUAGAAUGCUCAGCUAAAAGCAAAGAGGGAGUACGGGAAGUGUUUGAGAAUGCUACUCGUGCCGCACUGCAAGUGAAGAAGAAGAAGAAGCACCGUUGUAUUAUGUUCUGAACCGCUGCUUUUCUGGUUUAUAUUAAUCCUUGUGUGAUUUAUAAUUUACCGAGGGGGCUCUUUUUUGCAUGAUGUAUUGACUAACAAUAAACCCCUUAUUUUCACUUAUGUUAUUUUUUGUUUAACUUCCUUUCCUGUGUGGACAUAGUUUUCAUGUAAGUGUCGUGUGUUUUUAUUUAAAUUCAGUUUUUAUUUUUAACGCACAAAAACGUAUGUCCACACCCACAAUUAAUUCGAUUAGAUUUAUAUAUCAUUUCUUUUUAUAUUGUACUAUUGCAUAGAUUUACUUUAUUCAGAACUAGUGGUGCGUAUGUAUUAUUCCUAUAUAUAUAUAUAUAUAUAUAUAUAUAUAUAUAUAUAAAACUUAAAAUGUAAAUUAAAAGUUUUUUUCGCGGAGUUUUCGAAGUUGUUUCUGGAACUUGGUGAAUAUUGUUGUACUGCGUUAAAUAUUGAUGUAAUAGCUUUAAAUUUUCCAAUAUUAUGUAUUCAGUGAAUAAAUCUGUUUUCCUAUAAA